CCACUUACGUUGAUCAUUGUGCGCAGUCGCAGUGCUUAAUGUAACUAUGGCUGCUCAAUGUGUCACGGUGUGAUGGCAUUUAAAUGUAUCUAUCGCAACUUAGUUGUAGAGUGUUUGAUGGAUUACUUAUGUGAAUAAAAACGUUAUUACAAACGUCCACUUAGUGAAACAAUGGCAGCCGUCGCUACAACGAAUGGAGAAACCGACGAAAAAGCCUUGUGGCCAGAAUUUUGUGAGAAAAAUGCCCGUGUCGCUGCUGUGGAUUUCGCUCAAAGUUACCGUUUGUUUAUCAAUGACCAUCCUAAUUUAGGUAAAGUAGUGAGUAAUCAAGAAAUCAGUAAAAAGUUUAUUGACUUUUUCUUAGAGUACUUUGAAUUAGAAGUGAAAAAAAAGGUGGGAGAAAGCUCCAUCUCCUCCAAUGGUCACAGUGCUCAAGACAUCGCUAGUGGUGGUGGUUCCGAUGUAAACAGAACUAGACCUAAAAAUCAAGAAACUUCCCAAGAAAAUAUUCGUAAUUCAGCGACGGCGACAAAUCAUGAAGAUUAUAGUGAUCUGUCGGACCCUGAAGGCGAAUCUCCCAAGUCUCAUCCCAGAGCUUUCUUUAGACGUUUGUCAUUUAAAGGUUUGAAACGCGGCAAGGGUCUAUUUCAUAAACAGCAUUCGGACGAAGUCGAACUGUCUUACCAUGACAGGCGUGCCCGUGGUGACAAACACGAGAAAACGAAGUUAACAAAAAUUAUUGUGGAAUGUAUAAGGGAGGGAAUGGUUAGCUAUUUGACAGGUGAUUAUCUAGAUGGUCGACAAAAGUGGGAAAAAUGUAGACUUGUAUUAGUUAAAACUACAGGAGGUUACAUGUUAGAAUUCUAUUCACCACCAAAGUCAGUUAAACCUCGAAGUGGCCUUUUUUGUUUCCUUAUUACAGAAGCUCGAGAAACUACUGCUUUAGAGAUGCCUGAUCAUGAAAAUACAUUUGUUUUAAAGACCGAAAAUCAUAUGGAAUAUGUUAUUGAAGCCCAUGAUUCCAAUGACAUGAAAUCUUGGCUUACAACUAUAAAAUACUGCAUGAGGCAUCUAGGAGAUCUGAAUACAGAUGGCUCUCGACCAAGAUUACCAACAGCUCAAUCUGAUAGUUUAAGUAGGUUAAGAGACAGAGCUGCAUCUAAAAAGAACGAGGAAGGAACGUCUGAUGCUAGUCCGGAUCCUCCACCUGAUUUGCCACCACGUGGUGUAGCUGCAUCUGGUUCAACACCUGUGCCACCUGCUUCUGCCAGUGAAUCUACUGUUCUUAAUGAACAAGAUUCUGGACCAGACAUAUACAGCACCUUAAGAGAAUAUCCCUGGUUCCAUGGUAUGCUGUCCAGAAGCGAUGCUGCACAGUUAGUUUUAAGGGAUGGUCCUCUCUGGCAUGGUGUUUUCCUUGUUCGCCAAAGUGAAACAAGAAAAGGAGAAUAUGUGUUAACUUUUAAUUUUCAAGGCCGUGCAAAGCAUCUACGCAUGACAAUCAACCCUGAAGGCCAGUGUCGUGUACAACAUCUAUGGUUUCAAACAAUAUUUGACAUGCUGGAACAUUUUCUUCAGCAUCCCAUACCUCUUGAAUCUGGUGGUGCAUCCGAUGUGACCUUGACAGAAUAUGUAGUGAAUUUAGACAGUACUCAAUCUGCUGCUGCAAGAUCACGUGCUUCUCCAUCAGGUGGAGAAGGUGGUCGGAGUGGUCGUGUCCCAAGUAUACCUGAAUUGAGAGAUAUUGUUACUGUACCGGGAUCGGUACGUGUAAGGAGUCAGUCACUUGAGAAUGUGCAUGCUCAUGCGGGUCAUCACCCACCUCAACAACCUCCCAGAGCUGUUGAGAAUACAUAUUCCUUUGUCUGAUGUAUGGUUUGUGUUUAUAUAUUUGGAGUAAGUUAUUAUCUGCAGUUCCGAAUUUAUAGAGCUAUCAAAACUGCCAAAAUAUAUUGAAACUGAUCAAAUGCUUUUUGUUUUCCUUCUGUAUAAAUUGUAAUUGAAUUAAUAUUGCAUUAGUUUUUAAAUAUGCAAUAUUUUGAAUAUUCUAGUGAUUUUUAUUUAUGAAUUAUUUUAAAUUAGUGUAUUGUACAUAUAUAUAUAUAUAUAAAGAAGUGUUUGGCUUUGCCGCUUUCUCUUGUUAACUGUGUUUUUAUGUUGAAGAUGUGCAUGAGGUAUAUUGUUUUAAAAGUGGUUGUUUUUUUUGAAAAUAUUUCUUUUAACUUAUAAAACAGGACAAUCAAGAAAAUUGUACCAUUUUUAAAAAUCUAAAAUCCCAGCUAAUUCACCUGUAUUUUUAUUUCAAAUAUUUUAUUUGUUACUUAUUAAAUACUUUAUUAGUUGUGCAGCUUUCAAAAACUGAAAUUGUGAAUAUGUGUUAGUAAAUGGCAUUAUUUACAAUAUUUAAGCAGCUGGCUGUAAAUUUAUAUCUUAGUCAAGAUAAAUAAUUUUUCUAGAAAAUAGUGACAAUUAUAAAAACAAGAAUAAAGGAAGUUGGUAUUAAAUAUUCAAAGCUUGUUCUGCUUAAACAAGAGAUACUAUUGUUUUAUAAUCUAAAUAUGUAAAUAAAUAUGUGCCAAACAAGUGCAUGCAUACAUACAUUCAUUUCAGAAAUGAUACAUUCUUUGGGGGGGGGGGAAUAGAAACAAAUUAAUUCUAAUGAUGAAACUAAUAUCUUUGAAUAUAUAUUAUACAUUUAGAAAGCUUUUUGCAUAAAAAAUAUUGCAUUUUAUUUUCAUAUAGUUUAUGUAUUUAAAUAAAUGUCAUUUGAAUGGUGAAUUACUUGACUUUAUAUGUUAAUGAUAAAUUUCAUUUUUGCAGUUGCUAGGAAAAAAAGCUUGGUGAAUUUCAUUACUUAUAAAAUAAUCAAGCUUUUUUUCUGAGGUGAAGGGGUAAAAUAUUAUUAAUUUUAUUGAUAUUUGUAAAUUUAAAAUCUAUAUAUAAAUUUUAUGAAAAAUUCAUAAUACUAUCUUUAAGCUGCAAAUCUAUCUAGAUGUUUUUAAUUAUGUAAAUAAAGUUGUUGAGUUUUUAUAUAUGGAGUAUUUUAACUUCAGUGAUUUUUGUUCCUGUUAGUUUUUUACUGUGAUUUUUCAUUGUAUUCUUCUGUUAGAAAUAUUUGAAAAUUUUCAUUGGAAAUUAGUUUUAUUUGUAGAUUUAUUUGCUUUAAUGUUAAAUAAUGAGAAAUAAUUUUUGUAUUUUUAAAACAUAUUUAUGUUGCAAUUGUUCACUAGUUUGAAAAAAAUUUAUUUAAAUAUUGCAUAAUUCAUAAUAUUUUAUGAUAAAUAAAAUUAGUUAUCUCAGAAAUUGAUAAUUUCUUUCAGCAGUUGAAUUUCAAAAAUAAAUCAAAAUUUAUAAUGUUAAAAAUUUGAAUAACCUGUUUAUAUAUUUUUAAGAUUGGCAAAUAAUAUGCUUUGUAACUUUUUAUUUUAUUUGGGAAGUAUAUGAAAUCAUUUUUGAAUGUAGAAUUUUUAUCCAGUAAGCCAGCUUAUCCAUUUACAGCCAAAGUAUUUUGUAUUUGUAUUUUCAAAGUUCACAUUUCUUUCUUUUUAUUCUAAUUACCUAGUAAACAUAUUUUGCAAAACAGAUCAUUUAUAAUUGUAGCAUGAGAACAUCUUGCAUCGUUGACGACUUUAAGGUUCUUUUUAACUCUUUGAAAUGUGAAUUUUUUGAAACUUCUUAUUAAAUGCCAUAUUUUUGUUUAGGGUAAUUAUUUCCUUCCAGAAAAGAGCAUGUGGAUAAAGGACUUCAGCAUGCUCAAGUGAUAUUUAUUAAAAUUAUUGCUAUUUUAAAUUAAUUACUGAUUUAAAUAUCAAAUUCAUUAAUUUGAUGCAGAAGUCUGAUUCAUCAUUUCAGUACAAAGGAUUAAAGAACUGUAAAAGUAAAACUUUCUUUUGAAUAUAUAAGGCACCAAUUAUCAUAUAUUAAUGUUGAAAAAAUUAUGCAAAAAAAAAAAAAAAAAAAAAAAAACGUACAUUCUGUAAAACAACGAAUAUAAAUGAAAUUAGCUUUUUAAAAUUAUUACUUCUUAUUGAAAAAAAUGCAGAUUUUUAGCAAGUUUCUCUUUUUUUUAUUUGCCACACUAAUUAUUAGUAAAAUAAUACUUAUGCCUAUAUUUCACUAUAUUUAACUUGUGGAAUAAUUAAUUGUUUUUUUCUGCAAACUUUCAGUAAAUAUAUUUAUAGGGAUAUAUCUAUGUAAAACUUCACAAACUUCUAAUUGAAAUUUCAAAUGGGGGAUGGGAAACAAGUAUUUUUAUGUUUACACAAUUGAAUGUUAAUUCUAAAGAUUGCUGUAUUUCAAAAUGCAAUUCCAUCAUUAUCUAUUGUAAAUUUUUUUUUGAUGUUGAGAAAUUUAAUAAAUUUACCUAUCUCCAAACAAACAAAUUAGCUUUUGGGUAGAUGAAACAUUUAAUUCUAUCUUAACUUCAACUUUUCUUAUGAGGAAAUAAAAGAGAAAACAGGACAUUGUACUAAUCAUUUUAAGGAAAUUUAUUGCAGUUAAGAAAAAUUAUUUUAAAUUUUGUUCAAAUCUUUUGUUUUUUUCUAGCUAUUAUAUGAAUCUGACAAUUUGAUUUGUUAAUUUACUUUAUAAUUAAGCUAAUAUCUGAGACUGUUGAAAAUAUUCUUUACAAAGAUCAGUUGUAUAUUAUUUUUUAAAAAUUAAAUUGCAUUUUGCUUUAACAAAAAUAAGCAGUGGUCACAAAAAUCUAUAAACACAAGUAAUAACAAUCUUGAAAUUUAUUAAGUGAGAAAAUCGACUAUUUCAUAUUAACAUUUUUAACCUGCAAAGAUUAUAUGUAUAAAAUUGUAAACUAAAUAUAGCAGUAUUCUUUUAAGAGAAAUUUUUAAAAUAUCUAUCAGUCAAAACUAAUAUGUAUUAAUACUUUAUUUUUAAAUUAAACUUUAAUAAAAUAUUUCAUCAUUGUGUUGCUGUACAAGGGUAUUUAAUUCUCUAUGCCAAAGCAAGUGUUAUGCUCCUAUGCAUAAUGAGCAAUACCACUGUAUUAUAUUUCUGCACUGCUAAUAUAUUCAAGUAUUUUUAUGCAUCAUAUCAUUUUACAAUAUAUAUUUUGGCUUGUUUAUUUGUUAAAUUUUUUUAGUAUAUUACAGUGAAUAUUUAUUCUAGUAAAUAUUAAUUCUGCUACUUCAAGAAAUAGGUAUUGAUACUAUAUGAAUAAAAAUUAUGUAAUGCUUUGUA